UUUUCACGUGUCAACGCGAUUGCGCUUACGUUUGCGCAGAUUUAGACGUAUGUAGAGAAACGUCACUACAGCAGCGUACUGUUAUAUUUGUGACACCACCACAUCUCGAUAAAAAAUAACACAACGACAAAAAUUAAUAUAAGAAUUUGUAAAAGCCGAUAAGUGGGUAAAGAGUAAGGAACAAUCAGUUGCCGUAGAUACGGGUGUACAUAUUCAAUUGGUUCUAUUGACCAUACGACACGCGAGUGUUUAAUUUAUCAAUCUAUUUAUUAAUAUUAAACGCUAAUUUAUUUUAUUAAAAUUAUAAUGGCACCUAAACAAAGAAUGCGCAUUGCUAAUGAAAAAGCAACCAAGAACAUUACUUUGCGUGGUAAUGUUCCUAAAUCAUCGAAACCACAAGAAGAAGGAUCACCAGUGGGACCUUGGCUACUUGCUCUUUUCAUCUUUGUUGUCUGUGGAUCAG